AGAAGAGCACAAUAACACACACAGAAGUUGUUGGAAAGGGCGAAGGUUCACUUCACUCCACUUCUCUUCUCCAUUCACUUUCCACCGUGAGACUAACAACUGGAGGAAUGUAGCUGCCUGAAUAUUUGUGAAAACGCCACACUGAAUCUACGACUUCAUUUUUGCACUAACUUUCGGAGUGAUGGUGUCCUAUAAGCGGCUGAGCCCAGAGGAGGUGCACUUUUCUGGGUGUGCCUCACUGGAUGGAGACCCCCCCGCUGGUGCCCUGGAGGAGAGGAGAGACGGGGAGGUGGAGGAGAGGAGAGGGGAAGUGGAGGAUGAGGAGGUGGAGAAGCCUCUAUUGCCAUGGACACCGCCCUGCUCCCCCACCACCGCUCUCCUCGUCCUGGGGGGGCUACUGCUCUCCGUCUGCGCCAUCUGGUUGCUAGGCACCAUAGUUUGGAUGCGGAGUCCCUCCAGUCUGGAACCCCACAGGCCCCCUCCACCAGCCCCAGGCCCGACCCCGACCCCGACCCCCCCUCGACAAGCAGCUGACACCUGCUCACACACACCUGCAGAGUGGAGGUUCGACUGCUAUCCUGAGCGCGGUGUUGUGGUGACUCAGUCCCUCUGCGAGAGCAGGAACUGCUGUUUCAUCCCCGUGGAAACGUCCUCUGGUAACCCCGGCAACGGAGUGCCCUGGUGUUUCUACCCACCAGGCUACGCAUCCUAUUGGCUGGAGGAGAUCCGGGACACGCCCAGCGGACAGGAAGGAACACUCCGGCGCGCGCAGGAGAGUUACUAUGGCAACGACGUCAAGUCGCUGCACUUGGAGAUACGACAUGAGACGGAGUCAAGGCUACGAGUCAGGCUGACUGACCCAGCUGAGGAGCGUUAUGAGGUGCCCAUAGAUGUGCCUGUUGUUAAAGAAAAGGCCCCCAACCCCUCCUACCGCGUGGACGUCAGCAAGGACCCCUUUGGAAUCAUUGUCACACGCGCCGACACUGGAACUGUUCUGUUGAACACCUCCAUCGCUCCGCUGUUCUACAGUGAUCAGUUUCUCCAGUUUUCCUCCUCUCUCCCCUCGUCGUUCCUCUUCGGUCUGGGAGAACAUCGAUCAUCCUUCAUGCACUCCGUCCAGUGGAAUACACUCACCAUGUGGGCCAGAGACGUACCUCCUACGGAGUCCUUUAACCUCUAUGGGGUCCAUCCGUUCUACUUGGCCAUGGAGGCUGACGGCUCCUCUCACGGAUUCUUCCUUCUCAACAGUAACGCCAUGGAUGUGGUGCUACAGCCCGCCCCCGCGGUGACCUGGCGCACCAUUGGUGGAAUUCUGGAUUUCUACAUCUUCACUGGCCCCUCCCCCAGCGCAGUGGUGGAGCAAUACUUGGACGUCAUAGGUAAGCCUGCUAUGCCUGUGUACUGGGCUCUGGGCUAUCACCUGUGCAGAUGGGGCUACAAGAGCAGUAACAACACCUGGAGACUGGUCAAGACCAUGAGGAACGAUGGCAUACCACAGGAUGUCCAGUGGAAUGAUAUUGACUACAUGGAGGACAAGAGAGAUUUCACCUUUGACCCUGUGAACUUUGACACGCUGCCGGAACUCGCCAAGGACCUGCACACACACAACCAGAAAUACGUCGUCAUCAUGGAUCCUGCCAUCAGUAGUUCUCAGCCCUCUGGUUCUUAUUGGCCAUUUGAUGAGGGCAUGAAAAGGGGCGUGUUCAUCAAUGACACCCAUGGACACACACUCAUCGGCAAGGUGUGGCCUGGGGAGACGGCGUUCCCCGACUUCAGUAGUGACGUCGCUCACCAGUGGUGGACGGAAAACCUACAGAGGUUUCAUACACAAGUACCCUUUGACGGACUGUGGAUCGACAUGAAUGAGCCAUCUAGUUUUGUAGACGGCUCCAUCAGUGGUUGCCCAGACAACAAGUAUGACUCUCCCCCAUACACACCAGGUGUGCUGGGUGGUUCUCUGAGAGCCAAGACCAUCUGUGCAUCUGCUCAACAGCAACUCUCAUCACACUACAACAUACACAGCCUGUAUGGACUCAUGGAAGCCAAGGCCUCAUACAGUGCAUUACAGAGUAUCGUGGGGAAAAGGCCUUUUGUGAUCUCGCGUUCGACGUUCCCUAGUCAAGGAAAAUAUUCUGGACACUGGCUGGGAGACAAUAGGAGCACAUGGAAGGAUCUUUAUAAAUCUAUAGCAGGCAUGUUGACCUUUAGCCUGCUGGGUGUUCCUCUGGUGGGAGCUGAUAUCUGUGGAUUCUCUGGUGAGACCAAUGAGGAGCUGUGUACACGCUGGACUCAACUGGGAGCAUUCUACCCCUUUAUGAGAAAUCACAAUGACUUCGGACCAAAGGAUCAGGAUCCUAGCGUCUUCAGUCCGGCUGCUCGUACUGCGAUGAAGGAGGCCAUUCUACUGAGAUACACCCUAUUCCCCCUGCUCUACACACUCUUCCACCACGCACACACACACGGACACACCGUCGCCACGCCCUUGAUGUUUCAGUUCCCCACAGACCAGCGUACGUAUGGCAUCGAUAAGCAGUUCCUAUGGGGGAAGGCAUUACUGGUGACACCGGUGCUGGACCCAGGAGUGGACUAUGUUGUGGGGUACUUCCCAAGGGCGCUGUGGUAUGAUUAUUACACGGGUGACUCCUUGGUCAGCAGUGGUGAGGAGAUUAAACUUCAGGCUCCUCUGGACAAGAUCAACAUCCACCUGCGAGAGGGCUACAUCAUCCCAACACAGCGCCCCAACACCACUCUCUGGGUGAGCAGUGGUCAGCCGAUGCACCUGAUUGGUGCAUUGACAGAGGAGGGCGUCGCCAAUGGAGACCUGUUCUGGGACGACGGUGAAACCAUGGCGACCUACGAAACCGACCAAUACGCCUACAUACAGUUUACAGUGCAGCAGGGCGUGAUGACCUCAGAGGUGCUGCAUGAAAACGUGGAAGCCAGCUACAUCACCGUGGAAACGGUGUCCUUGUAUGGCGUGAAGGAAAAGCCGGAGAGGGUGACGGUCAACACACAAGAGGCGGAGUUCACCUACAGAGCCAAUCAGGUCCUCACUGUGACAGACUUGGGCCUGAAUUUGGGUCGGAAUUUCACCAUCUCGUGGCAGUAGACGCUUCGGGGUUGUCAUGGAGACUGGCUUGAAGACAUACCAUUUCGGAAUUCUGUUUUUGGGAAUUCUGUCCAGGAAGGGGACCGCUCAGCUAACUUACCAUCAUCCAAUGAGAGCUCUCCAAAAUGAUCAUGUGGCUUUACUUCAUCCAGUGACAGCUCUCCAGAUGGUCAUGUGAUCCAAUGCUUCAUCCAAUCAGACUCCUCAGAAUGUUCAUGAUUUUGCAAAAAGGCUUCUUUAUUCCCAGGAGGGUGAUGGGAAUGUGUGUGUGUGUGUGUGUGUGUGUGUGUGAGAGAGAGAGAGAGAUGGAGAGAGAGAGGGAGAUUGAGAGAGAGAAGGAGUGAGAUGGAGACAAAAGCUUUCUUUAGACCCAGAUGGAAGAAAGAAGAUGAUGGGACUUUGGGUGUGGGUGUGUUUGCGUACACGCAUGUGUGUGUGUGUGCGUGCGAGAGAGAAAGAGACUAAAGGAUAUUCACUGCUGAUCAUAAUUUAUGUCCAACUCUCUGCUUUUUACAAAGAUUAUGUGCAAUACAUAGUGUGUGUGUGCACUUGCGUGCGUGCGUGUGUGUGUGUGUGCGUCCGUGUGAACUGCCUUUGCGUCAUUGCACUGAUUAAGACCGCUGAAAGUAAAUUCCACCAUCCAGUACCCCUCCUGCCGUGUUUGGGAGAGCGUGCGUGCGUGCAUGCUUGUGUGUGUGUGCGUGGGUGUGUGCGUGUGUGUGCGCGUGUGUGCGCGUGUGCGUGUGUGUGUGUGUCUGCGUGUCUUUGCAUGCCUGUCCGUCUGAACACUAUCCAGUAGUCACCUUGCCAUGCUGCUCUCUAGUGUAGUAGUCUGCUUCCUCUAGUGGUCACUUUGAUGUAAUGCGAGUGACCAAUCUUAAUGGCACACCUCUGCUGCCUCUAGUGGCCACUUUGAUGUAUUGCACACACCUAUACGCGUCAUGGUCAUACACCAUAUGUAUGAACACAACGAGUGAAGUCAGAUCGUGCAAGCAGCAUAUUGCGCCCAUCAAUUGGUGACAAUGUGAUACACACAGUAACAUCUAUGAGAAAUAUCAGUAUACUGUACUGCUCUAAGAUGGCG